AUGGAGGUUUCUGCAAACGGCUCGAGUUUUGCCAUCGAGUCCUUGCUGUCCCACAGAACCGUGACUGUACUGACUUCCAGAGGUGGCAGCGGGGGUGGGCAGUGCCGGUCCCCGGCAGCUCUGAGCCAUGGGUCGGAUCUGGACUCGGAGUGCUCCUCCCUCCCCUCCCCACGCAGAGACUCGGUGGAGGACAUGGGGCAGAGACUUCCCUCCUCACAGAUCUCCCAGCCGAGGACUGUGACCUCUUCCUUCCUCAUCAGAGACAUCUUGUCCGACUGCAAACCGCUGGCCACCUGCGCGCCCUACUCCAGCGACGCGCACCGAGCACACCAGGAGGACUUCCUGGAUAAAGACCACGAUUCCUCUUCAGACUGUGAUUAUAAUGUUAGGGACGAAACAGACCGGGAGAUCUCGAGCAGUCGCGAGAGCCCAACUGCGCGCAUGAAGAAGCCCCGGAAAGCGCGCACGGCCUUCACCGACCACCAGCUCGCGCAGUUGGAGAGGAGCUUCGAACGGCAGAAGUACCUCAGCGUGCAGGACAGGAUGGAGCUCGCGGCCACUCUCAGCCUGACAGACACACAAGUGAAGACGUGGUACCAGAACCGCAGGACGAAAUGGAAGAGGCAGACUGCAGUGGGCCUGGAGCUGCUGGCGGAGGCGGGGAACUACUCGGCUCUACAGAGGAUGUUCCCGUCGCCGUAUUUCUACCCGCAAGGUCUGGUCUCGUCCCUCGACCCCGGCGCGAGCAUGUACUUGUACCGGGGAGCCUCCGCGCCACCUCCGCCUCUUCAGCGCGCUCUGGUCCCGAGACUGUCCCUUCUCCACGAGCUUCAGGGCGGUGAAGCCCUGGCGGCCCCUCCUCAUCUCGGGCCCCUGAGCUCGGCUCUGCCGCGACCCACCCCGCAUCGCUGA